AUGCCAAGGGCAUUCUGGGAUCUAAUCCGACAAGACGGAUUGAUUAAUCCCAGUAAGCCGUGCAUGUCAUAUUUCUUCGUUACGCUCAUCUCCUUUACUGCUAUAUUCCUUGCGCUUCUCUGGCUUUUUUCACUGAUCCACGAGCGAGGAGAACGAGAACAUUUGUUCCGAAAUGUCAGUCAAAAAGUGACGAUGCACACUAAUGGUUACACGUAA